AAGUGUCGUCUCAUCUACACAGCAGCCGCAGUCAGGUGGACUGUUUCCACGAAAAAGUGAAAAAACGUCGUUUUUUGCCACAAAAAAUAAUCCACAAUUGGAAAAUGUGAAUAAUUAAAAUUUCAAAAAGUGUUAUAUUUUUCAUUUCAAUAUUUCCUCCAAAUCCUGAGUAAAUUUCAUCAUCGUAAACAUGAUGAAAUUGUGAUUUUUAUUUCCAAUUUUUUUCACUAUAAAACUCCAUACUCAUUGGAUUUUCGAUAAGAUAAAGAUAAGCCAUUCCUCCCAUCACAUCCUCUUCUUCCUCCUCCCACGUCCAUCCAGACCACCCCCACUCGUGUCCCUGUCUCUCUGAAUGUUGCCCAUAAAAAGACUUUGCCUCUUUGUAGUCAGUCGUGCGAAACAUUCCGACGUAUUUUUCGGGAUACAACGGUACAGCAGCGUGGGUGUGAAGCAGAAAGUCAGCAUGUCGUUGUCCAAGGGUCCUAGUGUGGUGUCCCCUCCCAUCAUCAAGUCCCCCCUGGACAAGAGGGAGUAUCGAGGGCUCACUUUGAACAAUAAGAUUAAGGUUCUUCUCAUCAGUGACUCGCUCACGGACAAGGCGGCCGCCAGCUUGUCGGUUGCUGCUGGAAGUAUGAAUGACCCUGCCCAUUUGCCUGGCCUUGCUCAUUUCUGUGAACAUAUGUUAUUCCUCGGGACGGAAAAAUAUCCGGAGGAGAAUGAUUACGCCAAAUUUCUGGCGGAGAAUGGAGGUGCUUCGAAUGCAUAUACGGCGAGGGAUCAUACUAAUUACUACUUUGACGUGUCACCACAUUCUCUACCGGGAGCGUUGGAUAGAUUCUCACAAUUUUUCAUUUCUCCCCUCUUCACGGAAUCUGCGACGGAACGGGAAGUCAAUGCUGUGCAUUCGGAACAUGAGAAAAAUAUCCCAAGUGAUCCUUGGAGGUCGCAUCAGUUGGAUGUGGGGACGGCGAAUCUGAAUCAUCCCUAUUCCUACUUUGCAACAGGAAACCGAGAAACUUUGUGGACAAGACCAAGGGAGAAAAAUGUUGAUGUUCGUUCCGCCCUGAUGGAUUAUCACAAAGCGUACUACUCUGCAAAUCUGAUGAGUUUGGUUGUCCUCGGAUCUGAAACUUUGGAUGAAUUGCAACGUUUAGUUGAAGACCGUUUUCUCGAAGUGGAUAACAGGGAUGUUGAAGCUCCCUUCUGGACGGAGAAUCCAUACGGGCCAGAACAACUGCAGACAGUUCUGCAAAUGGUUCCCGUUAAGGAUAUUCGACAUCUUCAUGUUAUGUUUCCCACUCCGGAUACUACCCCACAUUAUAAAGCGUCGGCGGAAGGAUACCUGUCCCAUCUUAUCGGACAUGAAGGGCAAGGAAGUUUGUUGUCCUUGUUGAAGGAAAAGAAUUGGGUUAACCAUUUGGAAGCUGGUUCUCAUGUGCCUGCGAGAGGAUUUGGAAUUUUUAAAGUCGCCGUAGAUUUGACUGAUGAAGGACUUCAGAAUACUGAUAACAUUGUAGAAUUCAUUUUCCAGUAUUUGCAAAUGUUACACGAACUUGGACCUCAACCCUGGGUUUGGGAGGAAAUGAAAAACGUCAAUGCAAUGUUGUUUCGAUUCAAGGAUAAGGAACGUCCACAAUCUCUGGUUUCCAACUUGAGCAGUGUUAUGCACAGCUAUCCUUUGGAAGAUGUUUUAAGUGCUGGAUACAUAUUGACUGAAUACAAGCCAAGUUUGAUUAAGGAAAUAUUGGACGGGAUGACGCCGGAGAAUGUUCGGGUAACAGUAGUAUCGAAAGAAUUCGAGUCCAACACUAAAUUAGUUGAAGAAUGGUAUGGGGUCAAAUACAACUACGAUAAGAUUGAACCACAGAAAAUCCAGAAAUGGAAAAACUGUGGACGUAACGACAGGUUGAAGAUGCCAUCCAAAAACGAAUUUAUUCCGUCUGUAUUUGAUCUGAAGAAGAGGGAGGAACAUUUCGGCGAACCGAUAACAAAGGGGAUCAUUCCUAAGAUAAUUCAGGACACUCCGCUAUCUCGAGUGUGGUUCUUGCAAGAUAACGAGUUUAUGAUGCCAAAAGCGGUCGUUCGAGCAGAGAUCUUCAGUCCACUUCCCUUAAUCGAGCCAUUGACUACAAAUCUGAAUCACAUGCUGGUUACUUUGAUUAAGGACUUACUAACAGAGUAUUCUUACGCUGCGAGUGUUGCUGGUCUUCAUUACGUUAUUGCGGAUUCAGUGUAUGGACUGGAGAUCGUUGUUAAUGGUUAUGAUCACAAGCUUGGACUGCUUCUCAACAAAGUUGUUGAGAAACUUGUUGAUUUAGAAGUUGAUCCAAAACGAUUUGAAGUAUUGAAAGACUUUUACAUAAGAUCCCUUAAAAACUGGGAAGAUGAGCAACCCUAUUCUCACGCUUCGUACUAUUUCACGUAUCUUUUGCGUGAAAAGCGAUGGUCCAAUCAAGAAUUGCUAAGCGCCAUGGAAGAUGUCACGGCUGAAAAACUGAAAAGCUUUGCAAAGGAUUUUAUUUCCAAAGUGAAAAUUGAGUGGCUGAUUCAUGGAAAUUGUACCUCGGAAGAAGCCUUAAACACUGUGAAUUAUUGCGUAGAUUUGUUCGAAAAGAAAGGAACUCAUUCACUUAUUGCGUCACAAACAUCUCGACUUCGAGAGAUUGAGCUUCCACCUGGUUCGGAGUACAUUUUCAAAUCAGAACACAAGACGCACUUGAGUUCAUGUGCAGCAGUCCUAUUCCAAACCGGACUCCAAGGCACACAUGAAAAUGUGGUCGUUGAACUAUUAGAGCACAUCGCGAAUGAACCAUGCUUCAACCACCUCCGAACUAAAGAACAGUUGGGCUACAUCGUCUUCACUGGCGUCCGUCGUGCACAUGGAACGCAAGGAAUCCAGAUUUUGAUUCAGAGUGACCGUCAUCCAGAAUAUGUGGAGUCCCGAAUCAACAACUUCCUUAAACAUUUCCACGAAAUGUUGACAACAAUGACACAAGAUGAAUUCGUUCAACAUCGAACAGCAUUAUCUGUCCGUAAAGCAGAAAAACCUAAAAAGUUGAUCGACCGAGCCAACCUCAUUUGGUCCGAGAUCACAGCACAACAGUAUAACUUUGAAAAGCAACAGCUAGAGCUUAGCGAAUUAGAGACUGUCACGCUAUCCGACAUCAAAAACUUUUUCGAGGAAACAAUGGCCCUGGACGCCGACAAGAAGAGACGACUUUCUGUCCACGUUGUGUCUAUGGCUGAAGGUGGAGCAGGCCGAAAAACCAAUGAGGUCGAUGGCGAAAUCCCACCUCCUACCGUUGCAAAAGAAGAAAUCGGGGAUGUGGCCAACUGGAAACGACAACGAGGUCUGUACCCUUGCGGGAAGCCGUUUAUGUUCAUUCCUAGCUCAUGUGUGGGAAACGGCAGCAAAUCCAAACUUUAAUGAUACUAUUAUUUCUUAUCUGAAAACAAAUAGAACAAUAUAAUUCGCCUUCUUUCAUGCUACACAUGCUAAUAUGCACAUUGAUUGUCAAAACAAAUAGGAAUUUUUUUAGUAUAUUUGAUAAUAUUGUAAAACAAAAACAUAGGAAAAACAAUAAUAAUUCGAAUUUGUAUUAUAAUAAUCCGUCAAGAGAAAUGUAAUGUGAAAAAGAAAACACUUUAAUGUUACUCUGGUCUGGUCAUUAUAUAAAGGUCACUUUAUAAAACUACAUCAUGACUUCACUUGUUAAGUAAAACUGUAACAACUUUUUAUAAUGAAUUUGUUUAAACGACAUGCCUGUCGUUAAUUACGACAGCUUAAGCUAUAUAAAAACUGAAUCAUAUCUGCAUUUCUUUGUGGGAUGAAAAAUAAAACACAAAAUUAUGGAAUCUCUGAAA